AUGUGUUUUAGUUGUGUUUAUGACUUUCAGAGAGCUCUCUGCGAAGAUCUCAAGCUUAUUAGAGAAUGGUUUCGAUUGGUAUCGAAUAUGCGAGCAAAAUAUAGUAUUCUCGAUUGCGAUUUCUACAAUUUCGAUGAAACCGGCUUUAUGAUGGGUAUAAUAUAUCCCGGAAUGGUUGUAACUAGUGCUGAACGAAAUGGCAGAAGCAAGGCAAUACAAUCAAACAAUAAAGAGUAA